CUCCCGCCCCGCCCACACGCCCACCUACACGCCAGCCGACCACAGCUCUCGCCCACACGCCAGCCUGCCGCAGCUCCCGCCCACACGACCCCCUGCCCACACGCCCGAUGGAAGCGGCAUAUCAUCCGCCAACUUCGACACUGGAACCGGCAACAGCACACCGCCUUUCCGGGAACACGUCCAGACCUGUGAGUACUCCUCCCCCAGCCCGUUGCAGAUCUACAUGCCCUGCCUUCAGGACAGACGUAUGAAACUGUUGUUCCACGGCGAAUUCAUGCCGAGUACAAAAGAGACGCUCAGACAUUUUUAUCAGGACCAAUAUCCACAUGUGGCUAUGUAUGAAUUACACAUUGAAGGAAAGCCUCUUGUUCUACACCUGGAGAGGAAUGAGGACCUGAUAGCUGAUAAUUACAAAGAGACAAGUUACCAUCAGGAUGGCACACCGAUAAUGAGAAGCCCUAACAAGAACAUAAAGGAUCACUGUCACUAUCAGGGCUAUGUGGAGAAUGACAGCCAAUCAGUGGCCAGCAUUAGCACCUGCUCUGGGAUAAGCGGGGUUAUCAUGACACAGGGCCGGAGGUUCCUAAUUGAGCCCCUGACAAGUGAAGAACAUGUUGUAUAUGAAGAGAAAGAGCCCCCCAAAACCUGUGGAACGCUUAGUGAACCUUGGGAGGAAUUUUUGUUGGCUCAAGAGGUGUUACCUGCUUUGGAUAAUAAGGAAGAAAUUGACAAACUUCAGAAUUCAUGGAAGUAUAUAGAAAUGUAUAUGGUUGCUGAUAAAUCAUUGUUUGAGAAAUAUAAACAAAAUGCCACAGCUGUGAAAAACAGAAUAUAUGAAGUUACUAAUUACAUGAACAUGGUGUUCAAGGCGAUAAACGUUUCUGUGGUUCUUGUUGGGCUUGAGAUCUGGGAAACAAAGAACCAGAUGGAAGUGAACUCCUCAAUGGGGAAAUGUUUACAGAACUUCAAUAAAUGGAGGAAGGAAAUGUUAUUGCCUAGAUUAGCGCACGACAAUGCUUAUCUCUUCUCGGCUAUAGACUUUGAUGGUGUUACAGUUGGAUUGGCACAUAUCGGGGUUAUGUGCAAUGAACAAUAUUCUGCUGGAGUUGUCCAGCAUCCCCCAUCUCCUCUUCACGUCCCCAGCUUUCUGCUCACGGAGCCCACACUCUCCUCUCCCAUGUCCUCUUCAUAUUCCCAGCUCCCUACAUCUCCCCCUUCGUGUCCGCAGCAGGACUUCACUAAGUCAGCAGCCGCUGUUGGAGCCACAUUUGUCCACGAGAUUUCCCACAACUUGGGAGUGAAUCAUGAUAACGCAAACUGCUCGUGUUCCUCAUUGACUUGCAUAAUGUCGCCGUAUGUCGGUUCUCCCAUCCCUAAUACAUUUAGUCAAUGCAGCCUGGACCAGUUCAAGACUUUCCUGAUGACCAAGGUGCCCACGUGUCUGUUGAAUGAACCCAAUAAAAAGACCAGUAUGGCCCCACCAGUGUGCGGAAACCACUUUGUGGAGAUGGGAGAGCAGUGUGACUGUGGAACUGAACAGGAAUGCACCAAUCCCUGCUGUGAUGCCCUCACAUGUAAUCUGAAAGCAGGAGCUGUAUGUUCAGAUGGAGAAUGCUGUGAGAAGUGUCAGAUAAAAAAAGAGGGAAGCGUGUGCCGACUCAGCCUCCAUGACUGUGACCUUCCGGACAAGUGUGAUGGGAAAUCCAAUCUCUGCCUCGAUCUUUUUAAAAAAGACGGAGCUUCUUGUAUGAAUGGCCAAGGUUAUUGUCUUCAUGGAAAGUGUCCGACGCUGGCAAACCAGUGCACUGCCCUGUGGGGUUCAGGCCGUGCUGAUUAUGUGAAGGUUUCUCUGAACUACAUUCAGAUUUUCUCGUUUCCUCGAUUCUCUUAUCUCCUACCACAUAAUUAUGUGUGA